UACAGUUUCGCAGCAAAAUGGCGACUGUCAUUCAGAAUCCUCUCAAAUCGCUAGGUGACCAGUUCUACCGGGAGGCCAUAGAACACUGUCGCAGCUACAACGCCCGUCUGUGUGCCGAGCGGAGCGUCCGCAUGCCCUUCCUGGACAACCAGACUGGCGUGGCCCAGAACAACUGCUACAUCUGGAUGGAACAGCGCCACCGCGAGCCAGGUGUGGCUGCUGGACAGAUGUAUACGUACCCUGCACGGUGUUGGAGGAAGAAGAGGAGGCUCCACCCCCCUAUGGACCCUCAGCUACGCCUCUGUGAACUACGACUGGAGGCAGAGCUGGCCCCUAAGAAGGAGCCCUCCCCAGGAGAGGCCACAGCUCUGGAGACCCUGCUCAGAGGGGAGGGGCUACUGGAGAAGAAGAAAGACAUCAUCAAGGAGGACGAGACCCUUCUGGAGAUACAGAGGGUCUUGGAAGCAGACGAGAAUGGGGACGGUUUCCAUGACGAUGAGGACUUUGAAGUGGACACUCCGAAGAGGAAGCAGAGGAAAGGAAGGGGCAGAGGGUCCAGUCGCAGGAGGACAGAAGCUGCCACCAACGAUGAUGUGGAUAAACCUUACGUCUGCGACAUCUGUGGCAAGCGCUACAAGAACCGCCCAGGCCUGAGUUACCACUACGCCCACACACACCUGGCAGAGGAGGAAGGGGAGGAGGAGAGGGAGGAAGAGAUGCCACCGACCCCGCCACCACACCGACCAGACCCAGACCCAGACAACCACAAACCUCAGAGGGCGGCAGACGGCUCCAUCAUCCCUAACGACUACUGUGACUUCUGUCUGGGAGACUCUGACUCCAACAGGAAGACUGGCCAGGCUGAGGAGCUGGUGUCCUGCUCUGACUGCGGACGCUCCGGCCACCCUACCUGUCUGCAGUUCACAGACAACAUGAUGACGGCAGUGAAGACCUACCAGUGGCAGUGCAUCGAGUGCAAGUCCUGCAGUCUCUGCGGCACCUCCGAGAACGACGAUCAGCUGUUGUUCUGUGACGACUGUGACAGAGGAUACCACAUGUACUGUCUGAAACCCCCCAUGACCAAACCUCCUGAAGGGAGCUGGAGCUGUCACCUGUGUUUGGAUCUGUUGAAGGACAAGGCCUCAGCCUAUGAAGAGCCAUAGCAUCACACACACUGACACCAUAAUGGAUUUACAGGCUCAGGGCGUAACGUUCAGUCUCACCUCGUUCACUUUCUCAGUUUCUUGUGUGAGGAGAAAGUGCUACCCUCUACCUCUGAAAUGGAGACACAACCCUACAGAUGCAACACUUCUACAACAUGCAAUCCUUAUCUGCCAAUCAGUUCUCUACCUCACAACUUCACAACCAACCACAGACAGAACCCAACAGGCAAACAGCCAAUUACAUUCCACCAAUGAUUUACCGGGGUAUCAUGUGAUGUCAUAAUUAAGCGACAUAGGUCAGGACCACUUUGAACCAAAAUGUCAUGCUGUGCUAUAAAAAUUUAAAUACACACAAAGAAUAGUAAUUAGUUUAAAUGGUAAUCUGGUUCCACGGUGUUUGACACUGCUGUUGUACCAUAUAGUCUCUUGACCGUUAGCUAACUAGAGAUGUUCUGUUUUAGCUGAGAUCAAAAAAACACUUAUGUGCCUAACAAGGAGAGUUUGUGUCUGUUUGACAAACAUUUCGUUUUCCAGUCCCGUCCUUGUUUAGAUUUCACGGUGACGUUCUUUCAUAUUGCACCAAGACAUAUUAACUAUUUGAAAUAGCAUUAAUCACAGGACUUGUCAAACAUAGUUUUUUAUCUAGGUGGAACGCUAUCCCCCCUUAGGGGUCAUUGCAGCCAUUAUUUUAUAUUUUAGUUGGAUCUUUAGCAAGGUUUUUUUUAAAUCCCAGUUUGUGGUUACUAGGAUACCAAGUAUCCAAUGACAACGAUCUAAACAGUUAUUCAUUUAAAACGGGUCGAAAUGUCUGGUUGUUGUGACUGUUGCUGUGGACGGAUGUUUGAUAGAGAAAGCAACGCAAAACGGUGGCAGGCGUGUUCCACUUCAGAGUCUGCUAUCUAAAUCACCUUUCAUGUUACCAGACGAGAGGUUCUGCAUGUCGUUUCAUAAAAAUAAUUUGAAGAUUGAUCAUGUAGGACAUUGGGACAGUAUAGGACUGCAUCCAUAGACCGUAGAGAGACAUAUUCACACUGGGUCACAGACAUAUACAAAACACAUACCUCGUAGCUCUACCACCACGUUUCAGUCGGUGAAUGGUACAAGGCUAUCGUUCAACUGGCGUGUGGGAUACCUCGCAUUCUCCACGUGUAAUGCGUCCGUUUUUUUUGUACAUUUGUAUUUUAUGUAUUAGUAAAUGUCAACUUGUUUUAUAGGUUUCCCUUCCACUUUGUAUAUCAUUCAAAACUUUUAAUGUAAAACUCCAAAUUAUUAUAUGAUGAUUCACGUUCUUCCCACGUGAACAUGAUGUCAAUAGAUUGCACUGAACACGGUCAUUAUAGAUGACAUUAUAGGACUAUUGGAUAGAUGUAAAAGAACACAGAAAACGUGAACACAAUCCUGAAACAGUGGUAGAAGACCUGAAAUAGUUUUUAGCGAUGUUGUUUUAAAAAAAAAAAAAAUUAAAAAAGGAGAAAAAAAAAGUAUUUAAUGCUAAAAUGAAUGACGGCGUCAUGACUGGAAAUGUCUUACAGCUAUUUUCUUAUUUUGUUUUGUGCUUUUGUGUUUGAUAUUGUUUCUCCUCAGACAAUCAUGAAGUAGACUAGAUACUGCAUAUUGCUUGAGUCCCAAAUGGCACCCUAUUCCCUAUAUAGUGCACUACUUUUGACCAAAGACCUAUGGGCCCUUGUUAACAAUAGUGCACUACUUUUGACCAAAGACCUAUGGGCCCUUGUUAACAAUAGUGCCCUACUUUUGACCAAAGACCUAUGGGCCCUUGUUAACAAUAGUGCACUAAUAUAAGGAAUAGGAUGGCCGUUUUGAGAUGCAUCCAUGAUGUUAAUUAACAGAGUGGUUUCCUUGUUUUCACCCCUAAUGUGGGCAGUUUUAACAACUUCCUGUUUAUAUCACCAUGCCAACUUCACACUCUUGAAAAAUAUGUGUGUCAAUAUAAUUUUGUUUUAUAUUGGAGACCAUCAAUUAUAUAUGGAUAUUAUUUUGUGUCGGUUUUGGGUACUUUGUUAAAAGUUUGAAUGUAUGUUUUAGUUUUUUGUGUUGAAAUAAAGAUUUAGUCCUUGGUUAUA